AGAAAGUUGUUCGACACAUUGAUGCUUUAGCAAUGAUUAGUUCAAUGACUGAUAAAGAGAUCGAUAGCUUAGUAAAUAGCACAAACGAGAGCAAGCUUCAAGAUUUUAUGAAGGAAUUUCAAAAAUAUAUUCCAGUCAGUGGAACGAGCCCUGUUGAUAAGUUAAAAGUGAUGUUGAAGUUCGCAUUUAAAUCAUUGGCAUUAAAAGAAAGCACCCCAGUUGAUAUUUCAGUAGUUCAUGAUAAUAAAGAUCACGUACAUGAUGGGAAAGUCGCAGUUGCUGAAAAUGCAAUUGCAAUAAAGAAAGAGAAUGGUGCAGUAAAAUACAUCGAUCAAGAUGUUACCCUUAAAAAUGAGAUAAGCAUUCUUCAACAACAUAUUAAAACCAUGAUUCCAUCUGGCGUGCAUGACAGAUUGAAGAUACGUGCGACAUUCUUAAAGAAAAAAAUACAUAAAUUUAAAAGUGAAAGGGAUACUAUGAUGCUAGAAAAACAUCGAUUGGCGGAAGAAGUAUCUGACUUAAAGUAUGAUAUUCUCUUGGAAAAGGAAGCCAAAGCAGAUGCUGAAUUAGCAAGUCUGCAGGAAACAAAGAAAUAUGAAAAAUACCGGAAGUUGUUUCACCAAUGGCAAUCUAAAUAUGACACAUUCUCAAAUAAUGCCAUUGUCGAGCAAAGACGGUUAUUGUUUGAGUUUAGAUACAAGCUUCAAAAUAUCUCAUGCAAUCAGUAUCAAUUGGAGCUGAAAGAUAUGCAGGAAAAGAUGAUCCAAUUGGAAAUCAAGUUAAAAGAUAAGGAAAUAAAGGAGAAUGGUUUAGAUUUGUUAAAGGAGAAGGAGAAGCAUAUCCAGGAGAUGAUGAUUGAUUUAAAAGCUCAGCAAAAAAAUAUUUUGGACGAGCAUGCACGUUGCAAGGAGCAGGACAAAGUUCACUUUGUUCAACAGGAAAUGCGCAUGAAAGAGCUAUUUAGGCAUAAACGCGAGGAGUAUUAUGCUCUCAAGGAAAAACUGGAUAUUAAAGAAGAUCAAGUAGAAAUUGAGGAGCUUGAAGUGAAAAUUGAAAUGUUAACAAUAAGAUUGAAAGAAAAGGAUGAAAAGAUUAAAUGUUUGAUUGCAUCAAACGAGAAAUUGGCCCAGCAAUUGCAUGCGUGUGGCGACGGAAAAAGCAAGAGUGCUCGUAAACAGAAAAAACAUAGAAAAGGUUUAUCUAAAGAUGAUUGCAUUCUAUGCACCAACCAUGACAAAAUCAAGGCAUCAGAAAAGAAAGAGGAUAAAGGGAAUGCCAAAAUUAAACAAUUCUUCGGUGUCAAUAACAAGCCUAAAACACCAAAACAAGAAAAGAAAAUUACGAUUGCGCAUGUGGGUUUUCAUUGCCAAUUCUGCUGUGCCGAAAACAAAAGCAAAGUACAAGCAGAACCCAAGAAGGAAAAGAAAGAGCUAAGUUUACGUAAGCGGAAAUCAAUUCAACAACAAAUGGUACGGAAUCCUGAUUUUGAAACAGACAAGAAUUCAGUGAAUGGUGUUAGAACGUCUAAAAACCAGCAAAUGUUUUUAAUCAGAGAAAUCGAGCGAGCUGUGCGUUUCUUGACCGAAGAUUACAACAAAAACAAUCCUGACAAAGAUGGCAAGGAUUUAUCUGUACAAGGAAGAUUGCUGGCAAGUUUGGUUGCAAAUGUGGGACGAAUAAAGGAUGGCAUGUUGUUUGAAUUUCCAGCACAAGGUAAGGUUACUGUUUUAGUUUUUCGGUGUCACAGUGCUUGUCAUAACACUUGCUUAAUUUUACUAGUCGCUGGCCCGUAAAAAAUUCACGGGUUUACGCGUCCUUUUUCUACUGCAUUUUGUGAGUCUCGCUACUUGUGGUACAAUUUUGAGUGACAGACAGACGUAUACGGCUAUUGUAAUAUAGAUAAUCUAUAAUGUAUUUUCCGUUUAGAAAUUUUAACAAAUACGCACGAAAUACGUGUUAACGAACAGAGUAACGUUGGAAAACAAAGCCCUCUGCUAACAACUCAUGACGAACAAAAUGAAGAAAAACACCUAGACGAGCCAGGCAAAGAAGAAAAUAUUGUAGCAUGCGAUGAGUUAAAUGUAACGAGGGAAGAAGUUGAGAGACGCAACAAAGAGAAUAAAGAAGCGAAAAAAUCAGAAGGUGAUUCUAACAUUGACAACAAACCUGGUGAUGAAAACGAAUCUAUUACUGCACCCGAUACUACACCUGUUGUUGAACCAAAUGAUAACAUUGUAAAUGAUACAGAUAUGAAACAAAAUAGCUCACAUUCUGACAUUGCAAAUCCCAAUGCAACCGAUUUAUCAUCUGGUAGUGAAGAAUCGGGUGCUGAAGUUGUAAAACG